CGCUUUUGACUUCUUUCCGGAGUGGGAAGAACUUGCUCGCCUUCCAAAUGGGCCUCUUUAGGUUCCGGUCGCCAAGACGAAAGUCCCUGAUCGAACUCCUGUCUCUGGCUUUCGUCCUCGGGAUCUUGUGGUAUUUCUUCCACGGACCUCACCCCGAAUAUGAUCGGCCAGCAGCCAGGUCCAAGAAGGAAGCCGGACAAGCACUGCCAUGCUCACAACUGCCAGGAGCAAGUGACGUGAUCGUCGCGUUGAAGACAAACACCGCCGAAUUGGAAGAAAGGCUGCCAGUCCAUUUUGACACCACGCUACAAUGUUACCCGAAUUACUUACUCUUCUCGGACUGGAAGGAGACAUUCCAAGGCCAUGACAUUCGGGACGCGUUGGUUUCUGUAGAUCAAACUAUCAAAGGCUCUCAUCCUGACUUUGAGCUAUGGCGAAGACUGCAGAAAGGUGGACCUGAUUCUCUGGAAGACGAAGAAAUGUGGGCAUCAGAAGAUACGACGCGGAAAGAAGACAAGUGGAUGUGGCUACCGAUGAUCCAGAAGACCUUCGCCGAGCAGCCAGAUCGGAAGUGGUAUGUCUUUCUGGAGUCCGACACCUAUAUGUUGUGGGGUAAUCUGCUCACCUGGCUCAAUACUCUGGAUCCGGAGAAACCACAUUACAUUGGUGCCCGCAAAGAAAGCCAUACUUUGUCGUUUGCAUUGGCUGGAGCUGGAUUCGUGCUCUCACAUGCAGCCGCCAAGGCUGCUGUUGAUGUAUUUGAGAAGAAGAAGCCUGUUUGGGAAGGACUCACAAAGGAAAGUCCGUCUGGUGAUGAAGUUGUGGCAGGUAUGAUGGAAGCUGUGCAGGCCCCUUUGACUCCAGCUUGGCCCAUCUUUCAGCGCCACAAACCAGCAGAAAUUGACUACACCACGCACAGUGAUGGGAGAAGGCUGUGGUGCUAUCCUUCGAUUUCGUACCAUGGCCUGGUCGCGGCUGAGAUUGCGGAGCUUUGGAAGUUCGAGCAGCAAUGGCUCAAGGAUAAGCCAAACACAGUGAUCCGCCACAGCGAUGUCUUCAACUCCUACAUCAUGCCUCGCUUGUUGAUCAGAUCUGGUCGAGUUGAUGACUGGGACAACUUGAGUGGCGACUUCUCCAACGGCACUCCGGCGGAAUCCGUGGAUCAAUGUCGCGACAUGUGCGUCGGCCGAAUGGAGUGCGUGCAGUUUGCCUUCUCCAACGGCACCUGUGAGUUCUCGCCAAUCCCGAAAAUGGGCAUCCACCGAAGAGGAGUGCGUUCGAGGUGGAUGCUCGCCAGAGCGAAGGACUUCGCCGACAAGAUGGAAGCUUGCGCCGGCGAUGAGAUGUGGCUGUCUGUCAAUGGCACUGUUCCGAGCGCGCCUCCACUGCCCACGCAAACAGCGUCCGACGAGUGGAGGUAGAGCACAACACUCUGUAUCAUCUGCGAAAACGGCUGGGCCUUGGCAUCAUCGCCCAUGAAGUGAGCUUGACAAUGCAGCCUCGACCGUUGAGCGUGAGCAACUGAAGCAAACCACCUCAGGCAGCAGCAGACGCAUGGGAGCGGCCCGCUCGCACGUGAAGGCAAACAAGCGGCGGCACGCGUACACCAAGCAAUCCAAAAAGCUAUUUCGAUGCAUGCAGCAGCUUCGUCCAGAAACUCCCCCAAAACCUCACCCGGAGUCCGAGCCGUCAAUCAACAGUAGGUGCCGCGGGCAUCGCCG